AAAUAAUUGCAAAAUUAAGCGCGGAAAUUAAGGAGAAUCGACGCGCGGAUUCGCGGAAAAACGCGUUCCAUGUUUUCGCGGUGCCCCGCACGCCCGACCCAGAGAGAAGAUGCCCCGAAGCGAAGCCGAGACUCGACGGCGCCUGCGUGACCAUGUGACGCCAUUGGCGAACCGGGCAGCUCGUCCGCUAGACAUUCAGUCUCGCCUCAGCAUCGAAUGAGGUUGUAUGUGUUUACGGUGCGCACACUGCUCGGCAAAAACUACAUAUCACGGAAGUAGUCGGAGCUCGAGAGUUAAUCCGACGGUGGUCGCGCGUAAUCUGUUCGAACGCGCAAAAACAAGAAACACAGGCACGAAAUCGCGUAACGCGUCGAGGCUGAGCGCGCGUUAUAACGUUUCCUCGUCCUGUUCGCCGAGAUCGGUCGAGAUAGAUCGAUCGGAACUCUCCGUCAAAGAACGAAAAGUGUCAAGGAACGAGAGCCAAGAACAAAGCAGAGGAAAAGGAAGGCAAGAGAAAGAUUGAACGAAGAAGAUCUCGAUGAAGCUUGUAGCUAUCGUUUGAACGGGCGAUUAACACGCGAUACGCGCGCGUCCCUCUCCGUCUUCUUUCUCUCCUUUUUUGUCUCUUUUUCGUUAUCUAUUCGCGGGUUUGUCAAACGAUAGACGAUAACCCUCGCGUCCCUCGUACCGUUCCAAUUAACGUUCCAGUGAUAAACACGUGUCACGGAGAGUGCAGGAAACGAAGAGAAAGGGCAACCGGACAGACAAAUUUGUUUGUUCUCGUCCGCAGACGAUGCUAUUACUGUUUGGCGAGUGACAAGUUCUAAUCAAGAGAACAUACACACACACACACACACACACACACAUACACACACGUAGACGUACGGCGUUUAGUCCGCCGUCGAUGCUUGUCACUACUCUGCGAGCAUAUCGCGGAGAGUACAUGCAACGAUCGGGUGCGUUACCGCGUGUGCCGAGUCGUUGUUAUUCUUACUAUGCACACUGAGAAGUACCCGAUUACUAUGAGAGAAUGAGCUGCUCGGUGAAGAUUUCCUGUGGCAAGAGCUGGAGCGGAUCGCAGCGAAGGAUCAACUCCCUCGCGGAGGAAACGACGUGCCCUGCGGUCGUUGGGAGCACGAGCUGCGCCGGCUUAGCGGGCCAACCGACCGCCGUAGCGUCGACCUCGACGUCGACCACGGCUACCACGUCCACGACGACCACCACAAACACCGUCAGCCCGAGCACGCUGACCAGCGGGAGCCAGAGGUUCGCGCCGUCGCGUCCUGUCAAGUCGAUUGCCGCUAAAAAAGGGGAGGAUACUACGAAACUGCUCAAGUACAUCGACGAUAACGUCAUCGGCAAGAACGGCACGUUCUUCGGACCAUUCGGCCGCAGGAAAGUGGUCUACUGCGACUACACCGCCUCCGGAAGGUCGCUGCAAUUUCUCGAGGAGUACGUCGCGAAGGAUGUGCUGCCAUAUUUGGGCGACACCCGAGCGUCCACGUCUAUCUGCAGCCUGCAGUCUUCUCUGUUCAGACACGAAGCCAGAGACAUUGUUCGACAUGCAGUGGGAGCUGGCGAGCAGGAUGCUGUAUUGUUCACUGGUCAAGGCACUGCGGCUGCCCUUUGUACGCUUUUGCGACACCUCGAUCUCUCCAAGUCCACGGUGGUCUUCGUGGGACCGUUCGAGCAUCACGGGAACCUGCGACCUUGGCGAGAAUAUGGAGUCAGGAUAGUACGAGUGUCGGAGACCCGGGAAGGUUUCUUGGAUCUGAAUGAUCUCGAGCGGAGCCUGAUCAAAGUACGGGGCGAGGGUGUUACGCAAAUGAUCGGAUGCUUCAGCGCUGCCAGUUGCAUAACCGGGGUUUUGGCAGAUGACGUCGCCACGACCCUCCUGCUGCAUCAAUACGGGGCACUUAGCGUCUGGGAUUACACCACAGCAGCGCCGUACGUGCAGAUCGAUAUGAAUCCACAUCUGCCCGGCGUCGGGGAAACGACCGUGUACAAAGACGCGAUUAUUUUCGCCGGGCACAAGUUCAUCGGCGGAGUUCAAUCGCCCGGCGUGCUCGUGACCAAACGGUCCCUACUGAAAGAUAAAAUUCCCACGGAGGACAUGCGAGACUCGCACCACUAUCACCGAGACUCGGAGCUGCGCGAGGAGAGCGGCACCGCGGGUGUCGUCGAGAGCAUCAGAUGCGGACUGGCGGUGCAAUUGAAAGAAAACGUCACGCCACGAGCGAUCGUCGCUCGUCAAGAUAAAAUUUCCAGGCAAGUGUUGGCGCACGUACGCACGAUUCCGGAACUGAUACUGCUCGGCAGUGGCUCGCAGAAUGUCAAGAGGCUGCCGAUCUUUUCGUUCAUGGUGCGUCACCCGCGCGGCACGUUCCUCCACCACAACUUCGUGUGCGCGGUGUUGAACGACGUGUUCGGUAUACAGGCGCGUGGCGGUUGCGCGUGUGCCGGACGUUACGCUCACGACCUGAUGGGAAUCGACCAGGAACUCGCCAAGGAGUACCAGAGGGCGCUCACAGAGGGGGAACGGAACAGCGAGAACGAAGAGAAGAACGCGGAGGGUUUGAGGCCAGGUUUUGCGAAGCUCUCGUUCCCUUAUUUCAUGUCGGAGGCGGAGGUGGCUUUCGUGCUGGAGGCAUUGAAAAUGGUAGCGACCGAAGGCUGGAAAUUGCUGCCGCAGUACGUGCUGAACCCGGACACGGGCGAAUGGCGGCACCACACGAACAGCGUGUUCAAGGAGCGAAAGUGGCUCAGCUCGAUCAGAUACACGGACGGGAAGAUGAACGCUUCCGAGAGGCGGGUAUCCGGCUCUGGCGUACUUCCGCAGAACUACGGCGACUGCCUGCAGACGGCGCGCAACAUUUUCAACCGGGCACGGAAAAUGGCCCAGAGGUAUCCGCUGCAGAUCGAUCGUAGCUACAACUUCGUGCCAGAACGUCUGGAACCGUUGCGGUGGUUCAUGCUGCCGAGCGAGGCGCAGGAUCUUCUCCUCGGUAACUCGCAGAACGUGAAGCAGGACGUGCCUUUCAAUCCGAUGCUAUCGUGGAACAAGCACGGCCAUCAUACGCCGACCACCACUCACGACAGCCUGGUCAACAGUCUGGCCUUGGCCAACAGCAUUCGCCGGUUGAACAGCGACAUUCCGCGAACUGGGAACGUACCGAUUUCGCAGUCGAACUCGCCGAGGCACCGAAGCCUUCCGGUAUUGAGCACCGUCAGGAGAACGUUGUUGAACGCGGCCGAGUUCCAGUCGACGUCGAGCUCCAGUCCGACGAGCAGCAACGAGGAGGACCAGUCGUCACCGGCCGUCACUGUAGUCGAUCGAAACGCCGUCGACUCGGGCGGUCAAAGGUCGCCUGCCACCUGCCCGAGUUCCCCGAUGCCGGUGAGAUUCGCGGUUGGCGAGGCGGUCACGCCGUCGGCCCUUGGCGGCAUGUCGCACGCCGGCAACAGGCCAAUUAAAGAGCAAAGAGAUCUGAUGGAGUCUGCCAACACUGGUCGUGCCAGGUGCAACUCCCUCGGUAGCACGGCCAGCGGCGGUGGCAACGAUCCGAGCAAUCGGAACGUCGCGUCCUCCUCGUCCUCGCCGAUCCCGCCGCUUCCGCUCAGCCCACAAACUUUGACCAGCCUCGGUCUCAGCGGAAACAACGGCGGCAACCAAACGAGGCACAAACGACAUCACUGCAGCUGCAGCAGCCAGACGGAGCUGAACUCUCUGGAGUUGGACAACGGUAGCCCGAAUCACUCGAUCUUGUCGUUGAACUAUCACAACGCAGCCUCGCCGCCGUCCUCGUACUUCUCUGUUAGCGACUACACGGAUAAAUUCGUCGGCGGUGGUAGGUCGUCGCCGAUCUCGGAUCGAAACGGCGGUCAAAGAUCGGAAGACGAUCUGCGAGCUUACGUGAAAGAAGUGACGAAGGAGUUGGCGACGGAGAUCAAGUCGGAAAUCCGAGAAGUGAUAUCGAAGGUGGACGAUGCGCUGUCCGAGACCAACACCUCGGAGAACACGCCGCAACAUCACUCGCGUAAUCUGAACGCCAUCAGCCAGCUGUCCGCGGAGGAAAAGCAAACGAGACACGACUCGUUUACGGCGAGCGAUAUCGCCGAGUACUUGAUGGAAUUUUCGAAAGAAAUGGCCAGCGAGGUGAAAUCGGAGAUCAGAUGUAUGGUGAACGCCGUGGACGGAUUGCACAGACACUCUCCGGACGCGUCGGCGUCCGACGUGUCGUCGAACGGUUGUGGCUCGCCGGAUCGGGGGAGGAUCGUUCAAUCCUCUUCCUCGCCCAGAAUAUCGAGCGCCAGACGAAGCGGGCCGAUAGAGAUCUCCGGGAAGGUCGGUGAGCUGACGCAGCAAGAGAGCAAAGUGUCCAGCGAAUGUUCUUCGGACGAGACGGUGAUCUACGUGAUGAAACCGCCUGAGAACGAACAGAUCGCUGUUCGCAGCCAGUCGCAGAAAACGGACGACGAAGAAGUUUUGGACGACGACUUGAACGACGACGAUUCCCAAGAACGCGGUGGUUUGGAGAUUGGCGACGCGCGGAAGAUCCUGCCGAAAAUUUACUCCGCGGUGAAUUCCGUGAGCUCGCAGGAUAGCGGUAUCAAUCUGUCUUUUCACGAGAGCGACAAGUCCCUGGACUCGAUGGAUUUGAAGCGUAGCAGCAGCGCGGAGUCCAAUUCGACCAACAGUUACGGUCGCAAGCCUAGAACUGCGUCGAUGUCCGCUCUGUCGAGCAAGUCCAGCUGCAAGCAACAAGUCCGUCAAAACGACGACUUCUCCGAGGACGAGGAGUGUUCGAGCGACCUGAAGGAAGAGGAGGACGGCGACCUGGGUGCGACGUUCGACACGAAAGAUGGGAAAACGCCAGAGGUAUCUCGGCCCCAGUGGCACUGCCCGCCGAAGAACAUCUGGAAGCCAGCGGUCGAGGCUAUGCAAGAGUUCGACAUGAUUCGAGACAACGACAGAGUGCUGAUCUGUUUGUCGACCAACGGCAAGAGUUCCUUGUCGUUGCUGCACUCGUUGCACCAGUAUCGAUUCUACGUGAGAUCGAAGGGCGUCGACUUCGAGAUCGGCGCGGCUACGGUGAACGCGCCAAACCGAUCCGACCCGCUGGAACUGAUGACCUACCUAAAGGCCCUGGACGUUCCUUACUUCUACGAGGAGCAAAGCAGCGGCGAGCUGUCGAAGACAACCGGUAACACGGAGAAUCAUCCCACGGAGGAAGAAACGUUAGACGCGAGCGGAGCGUGCAGCUUCUGCAACCGUGAGACCAGGGCGCAGUUGUACACGAUCGCCAAGCGACACAAUUACAACGUGUUGGCGGUUGGCCAGCAUUUGGACGACCUGACCGAAGGUUUCCUCGUCUCGGUGUUUCACGGUGGCAAACUGAAGACCAUGAAGGCCCACUAUUACAUACGUCGCCAAGAUCUCAGGGUCGUGCGGCCGUUCGUGUACGUCCGGGAGAAGGCGUUGAGACAGUUCGCCGAGAGCAAGAAGCUGUUGGCUUCGUGGGAAACCGGGUCAAGUGACCUUCCCGAGGUGCAGAGGCAGAAGCAAAGCAAAGAGCUGAUCCUUCAGCAGGAGCGCACCUAUCCUCGACUCUACUGGUCGUUGAGGACCGCGUUGCGGCCAUUGAUCGACUCAUACGGACAGCAAGUCGAUCUGGAUCUCGCGUCGCCCGUGGGAAACAGUUCGUCCAGCGUGGCGACUAGUUCCAGCGGGUCCAGUUGCAGUUCGAGCAGCGGUAGCGGUGGACCCAACAAUGGAUCCAUCACCACUACCGGUGUCAACAGCCAGCAAAAGAGGCAGCGAAGAGUGAAAACGAAUUCCGCCACGACGCAGUGUCAGCCGCAGGAGCCCGACGAGGACAACGACGAGACGGACGAGGAACCGGUCCUCUGAGGGAGACCCGUCGCGAGAUGGGAUUCCAAUCGCGUUUCGAUCUCAUCCUCGCAUCACCGUCGAAAACUACCGUUGUCGGCGUUCUCCGUCGUCAGGAGGAGGCGGUUGCGUUACGCCGCCGCUGUCGCCGCUGCUAGAAUUCGAGAUCCUGACGGAGAAUGCCAAGAGAUCGGCGUAUGUGGGAAUGUCAAGUGAAGUCGGUUGUGAGAGAGGGAAUGAUCGCGACGAAAAUGGAUUGACGAUGAAAUAUAACAUACAUACAUACAUAUAUAUAUAUA